UCUGUGUGCUAAAGGAAGCUGCCGCACCGGAAUCUGAAGAAUUUGAGGUGUCCGCCAAGUCUACUGUUCAUCGUCGGCCCGUCUCUUUGUAUCUCUAUCUGCGCUGUAAUCUCUGUCGACGGACCGUAAGGUUUAACAUCUAGGAAAGAUGUCUCAGGCCGACAAAAUGAAGGUGAGCGUUGGAAACCAGAAACCAGAUAUCACAUCUGAAGCAGUUACACAGGGACAGUUCACCAACCCUGAGACCCCGGGAUACGUCGGGUUUGCCAACCUGCCUAAUCAGGUUCAUCGCAAGUCUGUGAAAAAAGGAUUUGAGUUUACACUGAUGGUAGUAGGUGAAUCUGGACUUGGAAAAUCCACCCUGAUCAACAGCCUAUUCCUCACUGACCUUUACCCUGAGAGAGUCAUCCCUGGAGCAGCAGAAAAGAUAGAAAGGACUGUUCAGAUUGAGGCGUCGACAGUAGAAAUUGAGGAGCGAGGGGUGAAGCUCCGUCUCACUGUGGUAGACACACCAGGAUACGGAGACGCCAUCAACAGCCAAGACUGUUUCAGCACCAUUAUCAGCUACAUUGAUGACCAGUUUGAGCGCUACCUCCAUGAUGAGAGCGGCCUAAAUCGUAGACACAUUGUUGACAAUAGAGUUCACUGCUGCUUCUAUUUCAUCUCCCCGCUCGGCCAUGGCCUGAAACCCCUGGAUGUUCAGUUUAUGAAGGCUAUCCACAAUAAGGUCAACGUGGUUCCUGUCAUCGCCAAGGCAGACACGCUCACCCUCAGAGAGAGGGAGAGGCUCAAGCGCAGGAUUCUGGAUGAGAUCGAUGAACAUGGUAUCAAGAUUUACCACCUGCCUGAUGCUGAGUCAGACGAGGAUGAGGACUUCAAAGAGCAGACCAGGAUUCUUAAGGCCAGCAUCCCAUUUGCAGUGGUGGGAUCCAACCAACAGAUCGAGGCCAAGGGGAAGAAGGUGAGGGGCCGCCUGUACCCCUGGGGAGUGGUGGAGGUGGAGAAUCCAGAACACAACGAUUUCCUCAAGCUGCGGAUCAUGCUCAUAACCCACAUGCAGGAUCUACAGGAAGUGACCCAGGACCUUCACUACGAGAACUUCCGCUCGGACCGCCUCAAGCGGGGUGGCAGAAAGGGACCAGAGCCGGAGGAGAUGGACAAAGAUAUGAUCCUGCAGGAGAAGGAGGCUGAGUUGAGACGAAUGCAGGAGAUGAUAGCCAAGAUGCAGGCCCAGAUGCAGAAGCAGGGAGACGGAGAGGGAGACGGCCCCCAUGCGUGAACAGUCUACGGUGUGUUUGAGCCACUGCUUGAGUUUGACUAGAGAGACGGAUGAUAGCAGAGAAGGUGUAAAGGCCGUCUGGUUAUUGACUCGUACUGCUUGCCACUAUUUUUAUUCCAAUCCUACAUUGGAUCUGGAGUCCUUUUUUUUUUUUUUAUACAUACAGUAAAGUAUAUUCAAACAGUGUUAUGUUUAUAUAUUUACACACGGUUCAAUUACUUCAUUUUUUAUUUUGUUUCCUUUUAUUAAACUUUUGCCAGUUACUCAAAUGAAGUCACGUGACCCAUCUUUUAAAAUGGUGACGUAUAUCUCUAAUACACGCCCAUUGGGAUGUUUUGUUACUUUUCUGUUUUGUUGUUCUUUUACUGUUUUUGCUCUUGAGAAAACCAAAGUAUCGCAGCUUGUAUGCAGUGCUUUUAGUCCUGAAACAUCUCUGAAAGCACACGCUAACCUUCACUCUGUGAAGCUUCAUUGGGAGAGUCAUCGGUGGUGAAAUCUAGUAGCAGAAAUAGCUUUUCAUGCUAUUGUUAUGCCAUUGUCUCUGUUCUUUUUGUCAAGAGAAAACAUGAUUUCAUAUUCCCUCUGGUUUAGAAGCGACCACACAAGCUUCUCCUUUAAAUAGGGUCCACCUCGCUCAGUGUUUAUCAUAUUACUCCCCUCAUCUGCAUGCAACUGUUUGACUACGCCUGGUAAAAUUUCAGGUCAAAUUUCCCUCUAGUGCUGUGUUGGGAUCAGCUUCUCCCCCAGAAUCUUCUCCGUUAGUGCAGUUCUCCGAUCAGUGUCUUUAAGUACAACGGCAUUCAAGUGUUGUUAAGCUCCAUUUGAGUUAUGAAUUAAAUAAACUGUGACCCUCGACCUCUUACAGUCUUCCUGUAGCCCUGACAAAUGAAGGACGAGCAAAUGAGGCUCGACGCCUCGGUUUGGUGCUUUCAAUCAGCUAGAUGUAAUUACUCCAUGUUUCCUCCACACUGUAGUGAAGUCACGUGCCAGGGAGCGUCAACUGUUAUGUUUUUAUUGAUGCAGUGAGAUUUAAGAGGUAUAAACUGUUACCUGUCCCAACUGCUGAGUACUUUGUGGUUUCCUUGACCACAGAGGUUAAAGGUGACCCGAUGAGGUCAGUGUAGCCAACGUUUCCCUCACCAGCCAAGAUGUGAGUUCUUGACAUUCCUCUUUGUGCUGUUUUUACCCAACAUUAAAGUACCAAAUAUUGUUUUUGAUGAAUAUAUUGUAAUAAAAGUUUUAUGAAACUU